AUGGCUGGUAGUGCUUUCUUGAGUGACAACACAGCUGGUUCGAACUCACCACCCCUCCGCCGUGCUCUAAUCCUCCAAAAACGGCUGGGAUGGUACGUUAAAGGUGGUCGGGGGGGGUGGGUAGGUGUGGAUCAGGUCAUCUUCACCCACCACCCCUCCGCCGUGCUCUACUCCUCCAAAAACGGCUUGGAUGAAUCGCUGCGCUAUCUCUCCCUCUACGACAACCGUUAUCUACGCUACUUCAAAGGUCAUCGGGACAAAACCACUGCCCUUUUCUCCUCUCCCCUCGAUUAUGCUGUUCCACUCAUUUCCCGUCCAGCGCUCUGUUGUCCCCCAUCCAAUCGACUUUCUCCCUUCCUCGCCAGAGUCGUCUCCCUGUGCAUGUCACCCAAAAACGACUCCUUCCUCUCAGGAGCCCUCGACCACACUGUCCGACUCUCCCUUCCUCGCUCCCUCUCAUCCAUCCCCACUCUUUCCCCAAAGUCUGAUGCGCGUGAGGGGGCGGCCAGCAGUGGCAUUCGAUCAGCAGGGGCUCGUUUGCUCACCCUUGCCCUGGGGCGGCCAGCAGUAGCAUUCGAUCAGCAGGGGCUCGUUUGCUCACCCUUGCCCUGUGCUGCUCCACCCAUCCGCUCCCCGUCCUCCCAUCCCCUUAACCCUUCCUUCCCCACUCAUUCUCCAGGGUCUCAUGCACGUGAGGGGGCGGCCAGCAGUGGCAUUCGAUCAGCAGGGGCUCGUUUGCUCACCCUUGCGUUGUUUCCCAAUGCUCCGCCCAUCCUUCCUCACAUCCCAUGGAUCUCUCGUAUUGUCCCAUCUUCCCAUCUUCCCCCCACGCAGGGCUUAAUGCGAGUGAGGGGGCGGCCAGCAGUGGCAUUCGAUCAGCAGGGGCUCGUCUUUGCAGUGGCCAUGGGGGGAGGCGCGGUGAAGCUGUUUGAUGCUCGCUCGUACGAGAAGGGUCCCUUUGACACGAUGCUAGUGGGAGGAGACGAGGACGAGGGUCCCUUUGAUACAAUGCUGGUGGGCGGGGACGAGGACGAGGACGAGGGUCCCUUUGACACAAUGCUGGUGGGGGGAGACGAGGACGAGGUGACAUCCAUCAAGUUCAGCAACGAUGGCAACCAGAUCCUCGUCUGCACUCUCAACGGCCGCAUAUACCUGCUGGACGCGUUUGAAGGGCAGAAGCUACACACUCUCUGUGUCGUACCUGACAUUGACGGUGCCCCGUUGGAGGCCUCUUUCAGCCCAGAUGCCAAAUACGUCGUAUCAGGCUCGGGUGAUGGCACGGUGAAGGCUUGGAGUGCCACCACUGGCGCUCAGGUGGCAACCUGGGGUAACCAUGCUGGGGUGCCAUCGGUGGUAAAAUGGGCCCCGCGUCGGCUCAUGUUUGCCACAGCAUCCGUGCUUCUUGCCCUCUGGAUACCCGACUUAUCCAAGAUUCCAAGGCCUGGGUGA